CAAAGAAGAAGAAGACGAAGGAAAUGAAUAUCGGGACACAUUGUCGUGGAGCUGAAAUUGAGACAUUGUAUUGAGCACACUGUCUGUAACAACAACGCACUUUGAUAAAGGCUGAAUUUCUCAGACUUUAAAAAAACCCACAUCAUCUGGAAGAAGCAGGAUUUCAGUCCACCACCUGCGUACAAGGACAGCCUAGAGGCCAUGUCUACAGUGGUGGAUCUCAAGACAAAGGAGGAGAAGGAUGCAGCGCUUGACAGACGGAUCGAGGCUCUGCGCAAGAAGAAUGAAGCUCUGGUCCGGAGGUACCAGGAAAUAGAAGAGGACAAAAAGAAGGCGGAGCAGGAGGGUAUUGCCGUGAAGACGCACCCACCCAGGAAGGGCCGCCCUCACGAUGGCCCGCCAGAGGGAGACCGAUGGAGGACAGAGAAAGAGAACUUCACUGUCACCGUAGACCUCUCCAAACCUGCAGGGGAGAAACGGGUGAUCAAUGACUGGAAACAAGGGCCACCGCGAGACAGGCGGGACUCUGAGGAGGGAUACGACCCCAGACCCCAAGGUGAAAGCCCCCCGCGGAGGGCUUCGUCCGGGCGGCUCAGCAGGGGUGGACAGAGAGGGGGAGGAUCACGGCAGGAGAGGAGAGAGCAACGCACUGACAGACCCCUAGCAGACUCACGCCAGUCCCAUGACAGACCACCAAGAGAGGGGAGACCACCAAGAGAGGAGAGACCACCAAGAGAGGACAGGGGUCCAAGCAUGGAGGGGCCAGGAGAGGGCCCCGGCCGCAGUGAACGUGCCCCACGCAGAGGAAGGGGAGGAAGAGAAAGAGAAGGAGGACCAACACCACAAGGUGGUGACAGGAAGUCUAAGGAGUGGGAGGAGAAAAGGAGGCAGAACAUUGAGAAGAUGAACGAGGAGAUGGAGAAGAUUGCAGAGUAUGAAAGAGGACAAAGGCCUGCCGAGGGAGACAAGCCCAUCCGUAACUUCCUGGAUGACCCGCGGCGCUCCGGCCCAGUCCCGGACAUGGACCGCAAGGAGGGCAGCCGCCGACACGUCCGAAACUGGGGCGGUGUAGACUUUGACAACGUGAAGACAGGAUCUGAGCUGGAGAAGGAGUGGACAAGUCGGAGACCAGGAGGCCCUAAGGGCUCCAUGGAUAUGACCAUGUCUAUGACUGGCCGGGAGCGUGCCGAGUACCUCCGCUGGAAGAAGGAGCGUGAGGAGAUUGACGAGGAGCGUCUGGCCAGGCACAGGAACGCCACGGGCCAGUGGAGACGGGAAUGGGACGCCCAGAAGAUUGACGGCUUGUUCAAGGAGGACCCAGCUGUGGCUGUGGAGGGCAUGCUGCCAGACCAGGGAGGCAGAGACGAAAUGAAGGGGCCUCCCAAGGCGCCAACGUUCGGAGACUUCCUGGGGCAGGGUAGAGGACCCAGGGAGGGGACGAGGGGACGAGGACAGAGCUACAGCAUGCACGAUAACCGCUGGGAGGCGGAGGAGGAGAAAGAGAAGGAAGACAAACCCAAGAAGGAGGAGAAGACUUGGAAGGAGGAACGGAAGCCCAAAUCUCCCUCAUCACAAAAUAUGGAGAAGAGUGGUGAUGCAGAUGAGGAUGAGUGGGAGGAUGCCAGCGACGAAGAGGACUAUGAUACGGACGGGGAUGAUGACGAUGAGGGGGAGGAGGAAGGGAGAGACGGACAGUCCACGAAGAAGGCACCUCGCCCAGAAACCACAGCAUUAAAGCCCGUCGCCACCUCACCCCUUCCCUCCACUCCCCCCUCCGCAACCAGUCCCAAAGAGAAGCGCACCCCGAGGCCCAAGGUCUACAUCCCCUCCCCACAGGAGGCUCAGAACUCCCCCGAUGGCCUCAAGCCCCUCAGUCCCUUUUCUCUCCUGGACGGCCACCAGCCGGUCAGAGACUGGGGGGAGGAGAUGGAGAUGCAGUCACCCCGGAGCAGUAUGGGGGAAAGCCUCCCAAAACCCCCCAGCACUGAUGAGGGCCCUGCCCAGGUUAAAGUCCAAGAAGACAGCCGCAACUCCAGCCCCAGUCCCAACGAGAAGGAGAGAGACAAACGGACAGUUGUGGUCACUGCUGCUCCACCAGAGGAGACUCUGAUCCGGGAAAAAACUCCCGCAUCAUCAUCAUUAGAUCCUGUCUCUACACCCACUGAUCCCCCAGAGAAAGAGGAGACCACAGCCAUUCCACCAGCCCUGGAGACACCUGCUACCCCCACAGAGGAUGAGGCUCCUGUCCUGGAGGCUGACCAGAGCCUGUCUGGGCUGGCCACAGCCCCAGAGACGGCCCCAGACACCUCAGAGCAGUCAUCUUCAGGCUGAGAUCUGCUCUAGGAAACUGACUUUUCAGUACUAGUGGUUCAUAGAUGGGAGGAUGAGGGGAGAAAAGAAUGACAAGAAGGAAGAUAGUGUGCCUCGUGCACCAUGACUGGAGCAGCCAUCACAGACAGCCUGGAGGGAUGUGGUCGGGCACCUGGCCUCCAAACCGCUUCCUCUCCUCAACAAUCAGACCACGUAUGUUCUGUUCUGUUUGACUAGGAGCAGCACCUUAUAGAAUAGUGAUACUGCCGUUCAUUUGAGCCACUAUGGUAAAUGGCUUGGGUUUUAUAGCAGCCAAUCAGGAUGUAACUGAUGUCAACAAAACCCUGACUUGUUUUUACCUUUUUGUGUUAUUGGUUUGUGUGUGAUUAACAAAUCAAACUAUUACAUUUCGCAAAGACUGAAAAAUAUGAAUUUCUCUUACCUCAGUUUUUCAACCUUUUUUAGCAUUUUUUUAAAACCACCUCUUUGGAAGGUCAAAGAGACUAUGCCCCUUCAACAUGGCUAAAAAUGCCAUCUUUGGCAUGCUAACAGUUGAAAGAGCAUUCUCCUUGAAUGUAGACAUCCUGGUGAUGGUUUAUCCACACUUGUUUUUAAUAGCCCUUACUUUAUUGCCAAGACCCCCCCCCAAAAAAACUGCCACUGUUAGUGUCCCAAAUGGCACGAUCUCUAUAUAGUGCACUUCUUUUGAGUCCUAUGGGCCAUGGUCAAAAGUAGUGCACUAUAAAGGCAAUAAGGUGCCAUUUGCAAUGCGAACCCUCUCUUUGUGAAGUGUGCAUGGAUAAGGAUUGGCCUUAAAAUGUAAUACUUUUCAGUUAUAUUUUGUCAUGAAACUGAUAAUGUGAACGAAUAUAAGCCAUGCCAUUGAAUAAUGUACAUUCUGUCUCCUGAUAAUGUAACAAUGUUGGUUUACAUUUGGGACCCCAAGAGGAGUAUAGUUAAAUGUUAUUCCGUUAUUUUUAAGUGGGGUACACUGUACUUAAAUACAGGCAUCAUGUGAUCCUGGCAAUUAUGUUUGUUGAUAACCAUGACAAUCCAAAGCUUUCCUUUAAUUUCUUAUUUGCAAUAGAUCGCUAGUGGCGUUUCUAGUUUUAAUCAAGGGGCAUCAGAACAUGUAGCUCAACAAGCCAAGAUUUUGGUUAGAUUUUUAAUCUUGUUGGCUUUUUAGCCUACUCUUAGUCAUGAACUCAAACUCUGGCUCACCUAUCAUGUUCAGGAGCACAGAUAUUGAACUAUGCUUUAAUUUUAUUUCUCAAAAAGUAAUGAAGAGGUGAGAUGCGAAGUCAAGAACCCAAGGAAAUGCAAUAUGUAGCCUAUAGUAUUUUGAAAGCAACUAAACAUUCCAGUGUUUUGUGUGUGGAGUGGAAAGGCAUCUAUUGUCAUUUGCAUUCGUAUAUCCUCGUUUUCCGUUUCUGAUGACUUCGUGAUUGUAUUAUAAGCAUCGAAUUUACCUGCAAUUUCUUCGUUUGAAUACAAAAUUGCGUUGAUUUUUGGAGUGGAAUGUAACUGGCCUAUCUAAACUAGCUUGACCCGAAAUCGAAUACAUCAGUUGAUAACCAUGAUUUUUUUUUAUUCCAAGAUAUUGACACUUUAAUCAAUCAAGCAGGAGAUUACAAUUGAAAGCUUUUUGAUUUGUCAGGAAACUCAUUGUUUCAUAUGCAACUGUCAAAUUUUCAACAUGAAAUGUAUUCUGUUUUAUUUUGCUUCUUAGUUUUCAUAUCAAAUAAAUGUAUGGUGGUACGGUCUCAA